AUGGGUCUGUUGACUUUGGUAGAAGAUCGGCCUACACCGCCAUGUGUCUACAACGCUCGCGUAUACUUCUGCGCAACAGUAGCCGCCUUCUGUGCAGUAAUGAUUGGAUAUGAUUCUGCAUUCAUUGGAGGAACAAUCGCUCUCACCUCUUUCAAAGACGAAUUCAAUUGGUCCAAAUAUUCAACUGAUGAAGCCUUACUUAUCUCGGAAAACAUCGUUUCAUUGUAUCAGGCUGGUGCAUUCUUUGGAGCUCUUGGUGCUUAUGCAGCUGGUCACUACCUGGGUCGAAAAGUAGGCCUUCAACUCUUCUCUGGAAUUUUCAUUCUUGGCGCUGGAUUGAUGUUAGGUGCGAAUGGAGAUAGAGGUCUUGGAUUGAUUUAUGGUGGCAGAGUAUUGGCUGGUAUUGGUGUUGGUGGUGCUUCAAAUUUGACUCCUAUCUAUAUUUCCGAACUUGCACCUCCGGCUAUUCGAGGACGCUUGGUUGGACUAUAUGAGAUGGGAUGGCAAGUUGGUGGUGUUGUUGGGUUUUGGAUUAACUAUGGAGUUUCUACCACUAUGCCUGCGAACCACGAGCAAUGGAUUAUUCCAUUCGCUAUUCAACUUAUCCCAGCUGGUCUCAUGUUCGCCGGACUCUUUCUCAUCAAAGAAUCUCCUAGAUGGCUCAUGAGCCGCGGUGAUAGAGCCACAGCACUCAAAAACCUCUGCUGGAUCAGAAAACUUCCUCAAGACGAUAUUUACAUGCUCGAAGAAGUAUCCAGCAUUGAUGCUGCUCUCGAACAACAACAGGCCACCGUCGGACUCGGCUUUUGGCAACCCUUCAAAGCCCUCGGUAACGACCGCAAAGUCAUGUAUCGUUUCGCUCUCGGCUGUUCGCUUUUCUUCUGGCAAAACACAUCCGGAAUCAACGCCAUCAACUACUACUCCCCUACCGUCUUCAAGGAAAUCGGUGUUGUCGGCACAAACAGUUCUCUUCUCACCACUGGUAUCUUCGGUGUAAUCAAGGCAGUCGUCACCAUCAUAUGGCUCUUUUUCCUCAUCGAUAACUUCGGUCGUAGAAAUCUCCUCAUGUACGGUGCCUUCGCUGGAGCCAUCUGUCUUUAUUAUGUUGGAGCCUACAUCGCCGUUGCAGAUCCCUCUUCACACCCCACUACCUCCCUUACUGCGGGCGGAAAAUCCGCCAUGGCAUUCUUUUACCUAUGGACGGCUUCCUACACACCUUCAUGGAACGGUACACCCUGGGUCAUCAACUCGGAAAUGUUUCCCCAGAAUGUCCGUACGCUCGGCCAAGCAUUCGCAGCAGCUAGUAAUUGGUUUUUCAACUUCCUCGUUGCGCGCUUCACGGCGCAAAUGUUCGAGGCAAUGGGAUAUGGUGUCUUUAUCUUCUUUGCAUCCUUAAUGAUAUGCAGUAUCGUUUUUGUAUAUUUCUUAGUUCCAGAAACGAAGAGUAUCCCAUUGGAGAGUAUGGAUCGACUUUUCAGCUCUGAGUUAAAGGCGAGACAUGCGCAUGGUAUUGUAUUAAAAGAGUUGAAAGAUGACGAAGAAGCGUUUAGGAGGAAUGUAGAGGGAAGUGGAAUUGGAUUGGAUAAAGAAGGAAAUGAGAAGAGUGCACAUGUUGAGGUUGUUUAA